CAACACGAUGCUAAAACUGAUAACUACAGAAAAGGAGGGGGGGAACUCACCCAAGGACCCUCAUGGAAUGAGACCUUUGUUCUCCCCAGGAACACAAAGUUUACCACCCUUCACACAUUCCACAGAACCCAGCUUUAACAGACUGCAUAAGGCUACUUUACAUCUCCUAUAAGGACAAUGACUUUUAAGAUGAUGCACCAUAGUUUGGAAACUUGUUGCCUCUUUUAAUGUCAUUCCGUAUGUGUGUCAUGCUUAUAGCCACCAGGUCAUUAUGAUGCUUUUUGAUCGUUUAACACGGACCAUAGUGUUCGUGUGUGUAUCAAUAACACCAGGUAUGUCAUGUUUGGUAUGUGUGUGAUCACUAUUGAAUUUCCUAAGGGUUGGUAUAAUGUAAAGUUGAGUACGAUGUAUUACAUGCAUGUUACCAAAUUCCUUAACAAAGUUCUAACUUAACCUUAUGCAAAGUUUGUAAAGCACAUAACUCAGAGACCAGAAUGUUAAUUAGUGUCAGAGGAGGAGAAUACAGUUUACACCCUGCCCCAAGAUCCUGCUGAUUGGAGCAAACACUUUGGGGUCAGCCCAACUGGAAAGGGUUAAAACCCCCUGACACAAAGGAAACUCUGAGUCUCAUCCACAACACCUCUGCAAGAGUCUCAUCCUAUCCAUCUUUGAGAGAAUUCAACACAUCUUUGGAGUCUCAUCCACUACAUCUCUGCAAGAGUCUCCAUCCACAUCUGAAGGAAGUCUCAUCAACCAAGAGCUUUAGAAGUUCAUCACAAGGAGAUCACGCUUGCUCCGAGACUGCAUCCAGACUGGUUCUUGCAAAGCUUCCAACUCUCGGCUUCGCACCGCUGUGAACCACUCUUCAAAGUUUUGCAACCCGCCUAUGAGACUCCGCCGGGUUCGCGCCUCACUCUGUUUAUCUUCCUCAUUGGUCUUUCGAGACGCUACAUAAGGCCAACCAGACCGCCGACCAAUCAACAUCGCCGGAAACUCCUUCCAAACAACAACGCAACGAGGGAAUCCCUGGCAACACAAACGCAAAUAUUUCAUGGUGACAUUUCCUGCAGUAAUAGAGUCUGGCUCUGAGGCUAAACUGUGUGUAAGUCUUCUGAAGCCUAAUGAGACUCUGCAAAUGGACAUUUAUCUGAUUCACAACAACCAGAGGAGAACUCUUUUACAAGAGACAGUAGAAAAGGAGAUUCACCGCUGUUCUCAGUUUAAGGCUCCACAGGUUGAGGGUAAUUCAGUGCAGGAGAUCAAAAUAGAAGUCAAAGGUGAAAGCUUUAACAUGACAGAGAAAAAGAAAGUGAUGUUUAAAUCCUAUGACGCAUUGGUAUUUGUUCAGACUGAUAAACCCAUCUACAAUCCAGGCCAAACAGUAAAUUUCAGAAUUGUCACUAUGGAUUCUAAUUUUAUUCCUCUUGAACAAAAGUACAGCACAGUAAUAAUUGAGGAUAAUAAUAGUAACAGGAUUGGUCAGUGGACGAAUGUGUCCUCGACAGGCCUGAUACUGCAGCUUUCUCAUGAGCUAAAUGCUGAGGCUCCACUGGGAAGUUAUCAGAUAACUGCUAAAACUGAAGAAGGAAUAUUCACACAUGCUUUUAUGGUGCAAAAGUAUGUUUUACCCAAGUUUGAGAUUACAGUAAAAGCACCAGAAGAACAUAGUGUUGGUGAGGAGGAACUGAAGCUGGAGGUUUGUGGAACGUACACAUAUGGACAGCCAGUACCUGGUGCAGCACUGGUGCAAAUGUGUCGUAAAUUUAGGCAGACAUAUCUUUAUCAUGAGGAAGCCCCAAUGACUGCGCCAUGCCUGGUUGAAAAAGUGAAGAUGAGUCAGACUGGUUGUGCCUUCGUUAUAUUGAAUGUAUCACCUUUUAUGAAUUCUGAAAAUAAUUUUGAAAACCAUCUUAAUGCUACUGUUACACUAACAGAGGAAGGAACAGGAUUUUCCAUGGUAAAAUCUGUAAUCAUAACACUCACUUACCAAAUUGGUAAAGUGGAUCUUGUGGAUUUACCAAAAAACUUUGAACACGGGGCAGUUAUAGAAGGAAGUAUUAAAGUUACAACCUUCAGUGGAAGACCAAUUCCUAACAAGAAGGUGUAUCUUUCAGAAGGUCAACGGUGGUCUCACAAGUUACUACUUACUCUCACUACAGAUAGUAAUGGAUUGGCAAAAUUCUCAGUCGCGUCACCUGAACAUCCUGCAACAGAGAUAACAUUGCGGGCAAGUGUCUAUCCAGAGGAAGAAUACCACGGAUACAACAUACCAUUCUUUUCAACUGCUGAUGCACGUAUACAGCUGCUCCAACCUGCCACACCUUACAAUCCAGUAUUCAGUGAACUGUCAAUAGAGAGCUCAGAGGAACCCUUUAAUUGUGGUGCUGAAAUUCCCAUAACCAUUAACUACUAUAUUGUUGGGGAAACUACUGAAUAUUAUAGCAUUGAUCUUAUAUACAUGGUUUUAUCUAAAGGAGCCAUAAUCCAUCAUGGUCAUGAGAAAGUUGAAGUGAAAGACUCAACAGAUGUCAGAAGGGGGAAAAUCUCAUUCAAACUAUCUGUUGUUGCUGAGCUGGCUCCUGUAGUGCAGGUUCUGGCAUACUCUGUCCUGCCCAACAUCAUCGCUGCUAGUAAGAAUUUUGAGGUGGAAAAAUGUUUCAGAAAUCAGGUUUUGCUACAGUUCUCUCCCUCCAAGGCAGUUCCUGGUGAGAAGAACACUCUUGAGCUCUCAGCUCAUCCUGGUUCAUUGUGUGGCCUCAGUGUUGUAGAUCAGAGUGUGUUCAUCCUGGAUUCUCAGAACCGUCUUAACACAGACAAGAUAUUUCAACUGUUGCCAGUGACAUCUGUGUCAGAUUAUCCCUAUGAAGUUGAAGAUGAACUGGCAUGCUUGCAUGUUCAAUUCAGACGAGACGUUAGACCUCCACAGGAUGAACAGAUUGACCAUGCUUACAAUACAAUAAGGGGAGUGGGGAUGAAGAUGAUAACAAAUUUGGGUGUUAGCGAACCUGACUGUUUGGCAUACCAGUAUGAGAGUCACAGCUUUGUAUAUUAUGACGACAUUAUGAUGAUUGUAAAUGAUAUGAUUGAAUUUAAUGGAGCAGCAUCACCAGAUUAUGAACCUAUUGAGACAGUUCGCAAAUUCUUUCCAGAAACAUGGAUAUGGCAACUAUCUGAAGUGGGAGACUCUGGAUUAGUACAGCUUCCUGUCACUGUUCCUGACACCAUCACCACUUGGGAGACAGAGGCUUUCUGCGUGUCCUCUAGGGGUCUGGGACUGGCUCCUCCUGUUCAGCUCACUGUAUUUCAGCCCUUCUUCCUGGAGCUCUCGUUGCCUUACUCCAUUAUCCGGGGAGAGAUUUUUGAGCUGAAGGCCACUGUCUUCAAUUAUCUUUCCAAAUGCAUUAUGGUUAAAGUUACUCCAGCCUCUUCCUCGGACUACACUCUGGAACCCUCUUCUGAUGGCGAGUAUUCAUCCUGCCUGUGUGCAAAUGGAAGAAAAACAUUCAAAUGGACCCUUAUUCCCACUGUGCUUGGAGUCUUGAAAGUGACAGUGAGUGCAGAGGCAGAACAAUCCCAGACUGUGUGUGACAAUGAGAUUGUGAGUGUUCCAGAGAGGGGCCGUAUUGACACAGUUACACGAAGCCUGAUUGUACAGGCUGAAGGAACUGAAAAGAUGAAGAGCCAGAGCUGGUUAUUAUGUCCCCAUGGCAACAGUGUUUCAGAGCAGUUGGAGUUGACUCUUCCUGAGGAUGUAAUAGAGGGAUCAGCACGAGCUUCUGUUUCAGUACUUGGAGACAUACUUGGCCGUGCAUUAAAAAAUCUAGAUGGGCUGCUCCAGAUGCCAUAUGGCUGUGGUGAACAAAACAUUGCACUCCUCGCCCCCAAUAUCUAUAUUCUUCAGUAUCUAGAGAGCACUGAGCAGCUCACCACAGCUAUCCGUGAGAUGGCUACUGGUUUCCUUAAGAGUGGAUACCAAAGGCAACUUAAUUAUAAACAUUUAAAUGGUGCCUACAGCACAUUUGGCACGGGAGAGGAGAACACAUGGUUAACUGCUUUUGUUUUGAGGACCUUUGGCAAAGCACAACGUUACAUCUUUAUUGAUCCAGAAAGCAUUAACAGUGCAAAGCAAUGGCUCAUAAGUAUGCAGAGAUCAGACGGCUGUUUUAUACGACAGGGAAGUCUGUUCAAUAACAGAAUGAAGGGUGGUGUAAAUGAUGAUGUUACUAUUACUGCUUACAUCACUGCGUCAUUGCUUGAAUUGGACAUUACAGUCCAGGAUCCUGUUGUGAAUAAAGGGUUGCUGUGCUUAAAAUCUUCUAUUAGUCACCUGACAAACACCUACACCACUGCACUGUUGGCCUACACUUUCAGUCUGGCUGGAGAGAAUCAAAUUCGAGAGCAGCUACUAAACAAGUUGGAUAAUGUCGCCAUUCGAGGAGAUGGUCAGCUUCACUGGUCUCAGUCAGCAUCAGAUGACUCCAGCGCAUUGUCAGUGGAAAUCAGCUCCUAUGUGCUGCUAGCUGUUCUCACUACAGGUCAAGAUACUGCUGCUGAUUUGGGAUAUGCUAAUAGGAUAGUCAGCUGGCUGGUGAAGCAACAAAAUCCCUAUGGAGGCUUUUCAUCCACCCAGGAUACAGUUGUGGCCCUCCAAGCUCUGGCUCUGUACUCCACUAAAGUGUUCAGCUCAGAAGGCUCUAGCGCAGUAACUGUAAAGUCAGAAGAUGGACACAGUCACAACUUUGAUGUGAACCAGAACAACAAGUUACUGUUCCAAGAAAGUUCAUUGCAGGAUGUUCCUGGUAAAUACAGCAUUGAAGUGAAGGGCUCCAGCUGUGUGUCAGUGCAGACAGCACUUUUCUACAAUGUUCCCACACCUUCUGAAACCAGUACACUGAGCAUCAGGGCUACAACUGAAGGAAAAUGCACAAAAUCACUUGGAGAAACUGUGUUCCUCAAGUUCACCAUCAAAUAUACUGGGACACUAAGCAGCACUAACAUGAUCAUAGUGGACAUAAAAUUCUUAUCAGGGUUCACAGCAGAUCCUGGUGAACUGAAAAAAGGCAUUUUGGUGGAAAGAGCUGAUUCCAAAGAUGACUGUAUUAUCAUGUAUAUCAAAGAGCUCCAUAGGAAUAUUCCUAUCAGCUAUGAGCUACACAUGAAACAGGUGCUUCCUGUCAAGAAUUUGAAGCCGGCUGUGAUGAAAGUUUAUGAUUACUACCAAACAAGUGACCAGUCUGAGACGGAGUACACCUCCCCGUGUGUGUCAGGUUUUAAAUCUGCAUUGAAGAUGCAGAAAAUCUUUUGUCUAUUCGCUCUAUCAUGGUUUUAUUUUCUGAUGCAAAUAUGUUGAAUUGUUGUUUAAAUAAAAAAUACCCUUCAGAUGCCUUAUAUGUUACUGUUGUGCUGAGGAUCUUCACAGUAUGAUGUUACAUGUAUAAUUUGAACAUUCCUUUUAAUAUAUUGAUUAAAAUUGUACUUAGCCUACA